AUGGAUUCACCAAACAGCUUAAUUCUCCUGUUUAGCCUGGUUUUGGCUUUCAACCUCCUCUCCCAUGUUGAUGCUGCUCGCCAACUUGGAAUGCCAACACCAGUAGUUGUGGAAGACAAUCAUCAUCUAUUAAACAAAGAAAAGGAGGUGGUGAUGAUCAAGGCAGCUGCAAGGGAGAACAUUAAUGGUACUGAUCAUGAUGAGAUGAAGAACUUGCCAACUAAUUUGAACAUCCCAUUUGUACCUCCACUGCCUGAUACUAGUACUAUUCCUCUCCCACAAUUCCCUCCCUUUCCAUUUCCACCCCCAAUUCCUCAAAUCCCUGGAAUUCCUCCACUUCCUGCUUAUACAAUCCCUGUGCUCCCUCCUUUCCCUCCUUUCUACAUUCCCAACAUUCCUUUCCUCAAUAUUCCUCCUCCUGCAUGA